AGCUUCAACUGUCGUAAACACUCGAGGGUGUGUUUACGACAGGCGCCCCUGCUUUUCACGCUCGGGAAACCCUUCUGCGGCCUCUCUGACCAACGCUCGAGCACUGAACGAAUCAUGCCAGCAAAAGGUCCCCUACAGUCUGUCCAGGUGUUUGGACGUAAAAAAACAGCCACUGCUGUCGCCCACUGCAAGAGGGGAAAUGGACUUAUUAAAGUCAACGGAAGACCUCUUGAGAUGAUCGAGCCUGCCACCCUGCAGUACAAGCUGCUGGAACCUCUUCUGCUGUUGGGCAAGGAGCGCUUCGCUGGCGUUGACAUCAGAGUUCGCGUGAAGGGUGGUGGACACGUCGCACAGAUUUACGCCAUCCGUCAGGCCAUCUCAAAAGCACUGGUUGCCUAUUAUCAGAAAUAUGUGGAUGAGGCCUCCAAGAAAGAGAUUAAAGAUAUCUUGAUUCAGUACGAUAGGACCCUGCUGGUCGCUGAUCCCCGUCGCUGCGAGUCCAAGAAGUUCGGUGGACCUGGAGCUCGCGCCCGCUACCAGAAGUCCUACCGUUAAAAUCUCUCUGUACAUUUUCAUAUAAUAAAACUGAGGGGAAAAAAAAACAUUCUGUGGUCUCCAGUUAUGUUCUUAAGGAGUCUUGACUUUCUCGGUUCAGAGCCUUAUUGGUUUAAUUUCAAACAGGUCGCGUUGUGGACAUACCAUCCUCACUCAAUCUAGUUAUCUAACUAACACUUGUUUGAAAUGCGAGAAAAUCGGAGUACAUUUUGGAGAAACCCGCAGGAAAUAAAAUGACUGGUGUUUCUCUGUCUCAGUAAUUGUAAACUAAGUUACAAUUGUUACAGGUUUGCUGAUUUGUUUUCAUUGAUUAUGAUAGUAAAAACUUAAGAGAGAUGCGUAUAUGCUGUGAAAGGACAGGCAUGUGAACUAUAUAAUGCAAAAUAACUGCUAAUAACUUGAUUAAUAAACGUGAAUAAUAUUGAA